AUGUCAGAGCCACAGUCUUCGCUUUUAUUAAAAAAGCAACUAGCAGAAUUAAAUAAGAAUCCAGUGGAAGGCUUUUCUGCUGGAUUAAUAGACGACAAUGAUAUUUACAGAUGGGAAGUUCUCAUUAUUGGGCCUCCAGACACAUUAUAUGAAGGUGGAUUUUUCAAAGCACACUUACAUUUUCCAAAAGAGUAUCCUUUGAGGCCACCACGAAUGAAAUUUGUUACAGAAAUUUGGCAUCCAAACAUUGAAAAGAAUGGUGAUGUAUGUAUAUCAAUAUUGCAUGAGCCAGGAGAUGACAAAUGGGGUUAUGAAAAAGCAUCUGAGAGAUGGCUGCCAGUUCACACUGUGGAAACAAUACUUAUUAGUGUGAUUUCUAUGUUAGCUGAUCCUAAUGACGAGAGUCCUGCUAAUGUUGAUGCUGCAAAAGAAUGGAGAGAGCGAUAUUCGGAUUUCAAAAAGAAAGUUGCCAGAUGUGUUAGGAAAAGUCAAGAAGAUUGCUUUUAG